AUGACGGCCAUGGCGAGGGCUCUCCUCCUUCUCCUCACCUUGACCACCUACGCUUGCUGCUACAGCGGCAAGCUCUACGAGAGCAUCGAAAAGGCCAUCAGGGAGGAGCUCUUGGUCUUCCGAGACUUGAACGGAAUAACAGACGACAACGCGUACCUCUCCAACACCAGCCUGCCGUACAUGGAGACGGAGAAGAUCACGGAAGAUACCUGUUUGCUGUAUAAAGGCUCGUGCCAGCAAACGACGUUUAUGAUGUUCCACCAGCUGCUCAACGUGACGAGGGUGACCUUCAACGUCAGCCGCUUCUCCGAGCAGCAGAUCGCCACCGAGGCUGGCGAGGCCAAGGUUUCCAUCAAAAAGGCCAGGACGGAUCUGCGCCAGACCAUGGAAGGCUGGCAGAUUUCCGUCAAGGCAUCGCCGUCCAUCAAAAACUCGCACGGCGGCCCCUCCAUCAGCGGAGAGGUCGGCUUCCAGUACACGCACGAGACGACGAUCCAGCAAUCCGUCACGAGCGAGGUGACGCUCGAGCACACGUGCCCGCCGCACUCGCACUGCGGCAUCAUAACCCUCACCUUCUUCGCCGUCGUGAGCGGCUACUGCCGGACCCAGCCGACCAUCAUAUGUUACAACGACAGGACCGACGCCUGCGAGGACUUUGAGAUCAUUUCGAGAACGGGCACGAGAUGCACGUCGGCCAUCGGAGCCGUGGGCAACGGCGGGUCGAGGUCGAACGACAUCUUCAAGUGGUCCAUGUGCCGCCAGUGCGACCAGUGGCUGCAAUACAAGCGGAAGAGAUGCAACGGCCUGAGCCGCUACGAGGUCAAGCCGUGCCAGAUCAAAACGCCGGUGCUCAAGGAUGACGGCACGGCGCACACGCACAUCAUCUUCAAGGCCAUCCCCAAGGAGGAGGAGGAGUCGGGCUGGGGGAAGCGAAACGCGGCACCCGUGUGCGGGAGGAAGGAGAGGCGAGUCUACGUGGAGCCGCUUUUGCGAGACUAA